AGGAUGCUGGUUUCCGUGGUGCUGGGAGCAACCAUCUUAUGCGCUUCCUCUAUUGUUCUAUACCGUUUCGUUAUCGCACCUGUGUUCAUUUCUCCUUUGUCUAAGAUACCAUCAGCUCAUCCAACCUCCUCCUUGAGUCCUGCAUGGAUAUUGUGGAUACGAUGGUGCGGCAGGGAGAACGCGACUGUUCUUGCCGCACAUGAACGACUUGGCCCUUUGAUUCGUCUUGGUCCUAAUGAGAUAAGCGUGAAUUGUGUGAACGGAGGCAUCAGAACGGUGUACACUGGAGGAUUCGAGAAGGGCGAGUGGUACUCAAACGCCUUCUCAGCAUAUGGAGGAGUACACAACAUGUUCUCCAUGGAGAAGAGAGACGUCCACUCCGCACGCAAACGCAUGAUCAGCAACGUCUACGCCAAAUCAUCGCUACAAGCCUCGCCGGCAGUUCGCGAAAUCAGCGAUACGAUCUUAUGCCGUCGCAUGCUCUCCAGGAUCGCCGCUGCUCCUGAAGGUGUCUUGGAAGCUUACGAGCUCUUUUCCGCCGUGACUUUGGAUGUGGUAACCGCGUACAUCUAUGGUCUCGAACAGGGGUCAAACUUCACUGACAACCCUGAAAUUGGCGCAAAAUGGCUUCACGACUACAAGAGUCGACAGCCGUAUCUGUUCUGGCUUCAAGAGAUGCCGAAUGUCUUCCAACUCUUCUCAAAGCUCGGUCUCGGUCGAUGGUUGAUCCCGGAAUGGGUGGGUCGAAAGAGCGUGGCUAUCGAAGAUCAAUGCUUGGAGUGGUGCGAUGCCGCGGAAGCUGCGAUACUGUCUGGAAAAGCUGCAGGAUCUGCUCGUUACUGUCCCACUGUGUAUGGUCAACUGAGAGGAAUGCUCAAAAAGCAGGAGAAGAGCACAGAGAAGCCAAACAACAAGCUCAGCCAAGAGCAGAGGCUAGACCUAGCUUCUGAGAUGUUGGAUCACCUCGCGGCUGGGUUCGAUACAUCCGGAAUCACACUAACCUACCUGGCGUGGGAGCUCAGUCGUCCUUGCAACGCCGCAAUACAAUCAGCGCUGCGGAAGGAGCUGGUUGCGCUGCGCCUGGAUUGCUCUACGGCGACCGGAGAGUCUGCCACAUCUUUGCCAUCCCCAAAGGAUAUUGACGAGCUCCCGUUGCUCCACGCAAUAGUGAUGGAAACUCUACGCCUCCACGCAGCAAUCCCAGGAGGGCAGCCUCGAAUCACUCCAGCCAACACCACAUUGGGACCACCAGGUGCCGAAGUCCACGGCAUUCCGGCCGGUGUACGAGUUGUCUCAGCAGCGCACUCACUCCAUCGAAAUCCCGAGGUAUUCCCCGAACCAGGCUGCUGGCGCCCCGAGCGCUGGCUCGAUGAGAAAGGUGGUGUGGAUGGUGGUGGCGAGAAAGCACGAUGGUUUUGGGCCUUCGGUUCUGGCGGAAGAAUGUGUGUCGGCAGCAACCUGGCAAUACUAGAGAUGAAAGGGAUUGUGGCGGCGAUAUGGUCUGACUUUGAGACGACGAUAGUCGAUGAUGCUGGCAUGGAACAUGUGGAUGGUUAUCUGGCCGAGCCGCGNGGUUCUUCAGAUGGCAGUUUUCUACGUUUGCGCUGUGGAAAGAUCUGA